GUCCCUCUUUGAAUGUUAUCCGCCCUUUUUCCGCGUGUAGCGGCUUUAUAUGGGUUCACGUUAACAGUCAGGCACAACAUCUAGCUCAACUAUGGCUUCUACCGGUGGCACUUUGGACUCCCCAGUCAAGCAGAUCCAGAUUGAGGGACUGGUGGUGCUGAAGAUUAUCAAGCACUACCAGGAAGAGGGCCAGGGCAGCGAGGUGGUGCAGGGCGUCCUGCUGGGACUAGUAGUCGACGACCGGCUGGAGAUUACCAACUGCUUCCCCUUCCCCCAGCACACUGAGGAUGAUGCCGACUUUGAUGAAGUCCAGUACCAGAUGGAGAUGAUGCGUUCUCUGCGUCACGUCAACAUUGACCAUCUGCAUGUGGGCUGGUACCAGUCCACCUACUAUGGCUCCUUUGUCAGCAGAGCGCUCCUCGACUCCCAGUUCAGCUACCAGCACGCCAUCGAAGAGUCAGUGGUGCUCAUCUACGACCCCAUAAAAACAGCCCAAGGCUCCCUGUCCCUCAAGGCCUACAGGCUCACCCCUAAACUCAUGGAGAUCUGCAAAGAUAAGGAUUUCACACCUGAAGGUUUGAAGAAGGCCAACAUCGGCUUUGAGCAUAUGUUCGAGGAGGUGCCCAUUGUCAUCAAAAACUCGCACCUCAUCAACGCCCUGAUGUGGGAGCUGGAGGACAAAUCCACGGUCGCAGACAAGCACGAACUGCUCAACCUCUCCAGCAGCAACCACCUGGAGAAGAGUCUUCAGCUUCUGAUGGACAGAGUGGAUGACAUGAGCCAAGACAUUGUCAAAUACAACACCUACAGCCGCAACCUGAGCAAGCAGCAGCAGCAGAAGCACCAGUACCUUCAGAGGCGCCAACAGGAGAACGCCCAACGGCAGAGCAGAGGAGAGCCUCCGCUGCCUGAGGAGGACAUCAGCAAAAUGUUCAAGCCCCCCCAGCCCCCACCACGCAUGGACACGCUGCUUAUUGCAGGGCAAAUUAACACCUACUGCCAGAACGUGAAGGAAUUCACAUCGCAGAACCUUGGGAAGCUGUUCAUGGCGGAGGCUCUCCAAGAACACAACUAAAAGAAAAAAAGACAUGCAAAACCAUCAGCAAGAGAGGGAAUGAAGGUGCAUAGAAGAUGGAGAAGAGGAAUAAAGGUGACAGAGAUGCAACAACUAGAGAAACACCGCCAACUUCUUUUUUUUCUAGGAAUUAUUCAUUGUUUUUAAUUCUGACUACAUCUUGGAUACAGAAUUAUCUUUUAAGAUCCCUUGAUAUUGAUUGAAAUAAAAUUCUUGCAUCUCUAAA